AUGGAGCGUCGGGGCCAGAAGUGGUUCCUCUCUGCCAUCUUCGCGGUCGUGAUUGGCUUGAUGAUCGACCAAUCAGGGAGCACGUUUCCCGGGGUUCAAGGGGGAACUGUGGAAGAUUUCUACCGUCACUGGCUAUCGACAAAUGAACCAAGCCUCCGAGAUGCUCAGGCGAACGACUUCUAUCACGAAAGAGAGAGAAAUUUGGGCUAUAUCCCCGUGGAGGUGUUAGUGGACGCUCUAACUAUUAGUAUCAACGUUAAUGGGAAGGAGGUGAUAAGACAACACAACGAGACGAUGAGAAUUGGCCUAAAGAGUUACACGACAGCCCACAGGGGUGUGCAUCUCGCCGUGCUCCAUCCCCAUAGCGGCGCCCUCAUGCUCUACACCUUCUUCAGGACAUCCCAACCCCGCGCCACGAAGGGCCUCGUCGAUACUCUCAAGAGCAUUCAGCCGGGCAGGAUCCUUGUCUUCGCGGCGCCGGGCGACUGGAGACACUACUUGGAUGACGAGACGAGUGACUUCUUGAUCAAAUUCUUGAACGGUUGGUGGGUGGGCGACGUGUGCUAUGGGGAGAUGUUUGUCGCUGUACUCACGGUGGGCGGUCCUCUGUGGGCGGAGGGCGUGACAGAAAUAAAAAACCACACGCAGAGUAUAUCCUCGCCGCUAUGGCUGGCUGCUGAAGUACCUCGUGGCCCGAAAGGUAAAGUGUCAAUCUGUUUUUUUCCGUGUAAUAUGUCCAGAAGGUUCACUGCUAAUGGAAAUGUGUUUGUGUACAGUUGGACCGUGGGUGUGCGUGGUACAGAGAUCCGAAGAUGCACUCUCGACUCAGAUUCUGUGAGACCUACGAAGGGUACGGGGCACUCUGCGACUGUCGCGCCCUGGACCCCAUCUCCCCGACGGCAGCUGUGUGUUGAAGUCCUUGUUUGGUGUCCCUGUCCACCCCUGGAAACCAAGGAGCAGAUUCCAGUAGUGAUCGUCACGGCACGUAAGCAAUACAAAGUGCUUAAACAGCUACGGCAGCUUUGGUCACAGGCGGGAGGAGGAACCACGCCCAUCCUCUUGUCAGUGGACGGCUGGCAGAAAGAAGCACGUGACUUCGCGGGCGUGAUGGGCUUGCGGGCGGUUUUCCACAACAACCCCGCUUCCGUGGGCGCCAAAAUCCGCAUCAAUGAGCACAUCAAGUUCUCCAUCUUCCACGCCUUCAGGAGGUUCCCGAAGGCCGAGAAGAUCAUUGUUCUCGAGGAUGACCUUAUCUUGUCGCCGGACUUCAUCAGCUACUUCCACCAGACGGCGCCGCUGCUGGAUGCCGACGACUCCAUCUUCUGCAUCAACGCCUACAACUACAACAGCUUCCCGCCCAGCGCUAUCGACACCUCCCGUCUUUACCGCGAGUUCACUCUCCCCGCCUACGGCUGGAUGGUGACACGGAGGUGGUCCAUGGAGGUCCUCCCGCACUGGCCUACCGUGCACUACUACGUCUUCGUAAAUUUAAUGAAGAAUUAG